UGAUUACUAUGAAAUAAGGUAUGUAUCCUGAAAGAAGUUGGCAAAAAUGAAUGAUAACGUGUUGCCAACAAUACUGGUAGCGCUUCUGACGCUUGGGGGUCUUGGAGCAUUUAACCUUCGGGUGUAUGGGAAAUCAAUCCAUGGUGAUAAAACUUUGCUGAUCAGCGGUGAUGGCAAACAGUCUGCGAGGAAACAGCCGCACCAACAGAUGAAAAGUGAAAUCCGCAGGAGUUUAGAUCUGGAGAGCUACAACAUACAUGUGAGCCCCAACAACUAUAAGAAGAGCAUCCCGACCAUCAUCAGGCUCUACCCGCCCACCGCCAAACCUAUCCACAUGCACGCCAACAUCCCCAUGCGUUUUGAGAGGAACAACGAUCUGAGGGAUGAAACGGAAUCGUCCUUGAGCCCCAAUAAGCCUCAGAGGUUUGGAAAGUCUGCCCAGUUGAUCAAAAUGUGUGCAGACUGCCCAUAUGUCCGAGAGGCGAUUGACCCCGUGAUGCCUCAAAGAUUUGGAAGAAACAGUCCUUACUGGAGAUUUCUCAGGUCUCUGGCCAGUGAACGGUUAUUGAACUCUGGUUUGUACUGGGCUGGAGAUUUUGACUUUACAAGCAGCUCAGAAGAAGAAGAAAGAGAGGACAAAGCCUUUAAAGGAUGAAGGGGUUUGCUAUAGUAGUGACGUCUACUAUAGGUAGAUAUCAUUAGGUGUGUUUACUGUGAGGACAAAUGCUUAAAGUUAAAUAACUAAAAAAAAAAAGGCUAGAGAGAUUCUAGAAAUUGUUUAUUAUCUUUCAAUAAAGUGGUGUUAUUGUGAUGGAGAACACAGUCAAACAAUAAAGGCUUCAAGAGUG